GCAAUCAUACGAGGGGAGUGCUUUAACCUUGGCUACCUAAGCGCGGCAAGCACACGCGAAAGGAUAGCUGUUGCGCACAGCUGCCCAGAAUGCUGCCACGAAGUUUGCUGCUAGGAUAUCUGACAAUCCACUUCACCAAGAGGCAGAGAUAAUUUUGCAUAAUCCCACCUUCAAGUCCUCAUUCGGAACAAAUCCUUGAUAAUUGUUUUUCACCAUUAGUCCACCAAGAGAGAAAAAGAAGACUUUGGGGAUCCUAAUUGUCUGUCACUGACGUUUUCCAGAGGAGUCACAGCGAUAUUGCCAGGGCGUUUUUCAUAACUUCUCUGGCAUACGUGUGCCUUUUUGACAAUUGGAUUUUGCUGUUUGAAGACAUUGAUAUUGGAUUUUGUUCUUUGAAGCCCCAAUCAAUGUUUGCAAUACUUCGGAAACUUAUCUUUCUUCUAUUAUAUUCAAGGUUGUCGCCGGCUCAUUUUGCGCUUGAUUUGCGCUAAAGGUUUGUCUCUUUUCAAACGCUUUCGCUAUUAUGAACAUGAGCACAGUGGGGCGACAUGCAACAAAUGUAUUGACUGUUGAAAACUCAACUUUAAGCCUAUUUGUCAAUGCAUCUACUCCCGUCUCUUACGCAGAACAAUCCGAACCUUCUAACGAUGUCUUCGUAACAACUUUAAUUGGAAUGGUGCUCACGGUUAUGUUUUUGGUCGGUGUUGUCGGGAAUGCGUACACCUUAGUUGUUAUGAAUAUAUCUGUGCGAGUGACAGGGUCUAUGUAUGUCUACAUUGUGAACCUGGCACUAGCGGAUCUCCUGUAUCUUUUUACCAUACCUUUUGUGGUCUGUACCUAUUUCGCAAAGGAUUGGUACUUUGGGGACAUUGGAUGCCGGAUUAUUUUCAGUCUGGAUUUUCUCACCAUGCACGCCAGCAUUUUUAUCCUGACCAUCAUGAGCACGGAGAGGUAUCUGGCUGUUGUCAACCCGCUGGAUACUUUCGGACGAUCCAGAAGUUACCGGCGGAUGGUCACCUGCGUGGUGUGGUUAGUAUCGUUCCUGCUCUCGCUGCCCACGAUGAUUAUGAUAGACGUAAAAAGUACGGUGGACAAAAAGGGUGGUCUGAAACGAAUGUGCCAUCCAACCUGGCAAAUCGGCGCCUACAAAGUUUACCUGACGGUGUUGUUUAACACCUGCAUCCUUGCUCCUGGAUUAAUUAUUGGUUUUCUGUAUCUGAGAUUAGCCAGAACCUACUGGGUGUCUCAGACUGCGUUUGUUACAACUGAGGGGGUGGCUAGUUGCCCAAAACAGAAAGUACUUUACAUGAUCUUCAGUAUUAUUCUGACAUACUGGGCAUGCUUCUUGCCCUUCUGGGUAUGGCAACUGCUCAGUAUAUACUACUUUGGAGAUGGAGAUAUCUCUCACAGGACCAUGGUGUACGUCAACUUCAUCGUGACCUCUUUGGCCUACAGCAACAGUUGUAUCAACCCAUUUCUGUACACACUAUUGACCAAAAAUUAUCAGGAGUAUGUGAGGGAUCGGCAAAAGAGGGGCAUGGGCUUCAGGAGGAAGUUCAGGCACUCCUCCCAGAGGUCAGUGUCAUCCACGAGCCACCAGUUCACCAACACUAUGACCCUCACGCCUCAAAAUGGCGACCCAGAUGCCAGUAGCAAAUUCUGAUACAAACAGCCACUACGGUUUGUCAUGGCCUAUUCCCUAUUUUCCACCAUGGCCUUUGUGUUUACUGAAGUGGUUGCUUAAUAUGAAGGGAUUGGGAAAUGUAGUGGCUGGAUUGCAACAAAAUAUCCUUCAACCAAGUGCAUUAGCUCAGAGAGCAUAAAUGAUAUGAAUGUAUAUAAAAUAAAAUAAGAUGGGAGUAAAGGAUGAAAUGCCAGGUUAAGAGGAGAAUGAUGUGCAUAUAAAUUCAGUACAGAUGUCUUUUAUGGGAGGGUUUGUAACCCCUUUUCCUGACAAGCACCUGUGGUAUUUUUUCCUGGCAGAAGACAGAGGAUAGAAUAUAUCAACAUGAUGUUUAUUUAUUUGUUGUGGUCUUGUACUCAGUCUAUUCGAGAAAAAAAAACAAAUGUGUAUUUGUAUUCGUCUGUGCAUAGGAAAUAAAGUGGAAGUGUUGUCUAUUCAUAACAAAUGAAAAGAGACCAAUAUACACACAGGCAGUCUAAUCUUGUUGUAAAUGUUUAUUGAAUUAUAGAUUCAUCAAGUAAAUAUUUUAAGAUUAUUGCUCUUUGCUUAAUUUCAUUGUUGCAGUUUCAAUAUUGUUCAAAGUGGCUUUUGCCUGCUGUAGCAAGUAGAUUUAGGCCCAUUUCUAUUUGUGCCACUGUGAUUCUGAAUUAGUCUGCAUAAGACUCAUAUUGCAAUAUUAAAGGAGAAUAUUUUUUAAAGAGGGCACUUGAAUGGAAUGGGAAUAGUAAAUGCAGAAGUAUGUCAAUGAGUCUCAACAUAGAACGUGCUAUACCGCUGCAGAUUCUGACAUAUUGCACAAAAAGAUAAACUGCUUUCUGAUUGUGCUUUUGUUUCUUUUGUAUGUGCCAUGUUUACAUACUUCUAGACGUGUGUAAUUGCAUGUAUUUGUGUAAUUCUGCUGUUUUUUAAUCUUCCUCUAAGAACAAUAAAAACAGCAAAAUGUACUACUCCCUUAAUAAAUGUUUACAACAUUGUGGCAUGAUACUGUGAGGGUAGUUUUG